GCUUCGUGGCCAUCGCAGAUUGAUCCACAGGCCAUGAUCGUGCCGCCGCCGCGGCGCCGCCUUGCUCUCAACCUCCUACAGGAACACUUUGGAGAUGUUGUCGAGCAUGUUGCUUCCGUUCUCCUAAGGGCAGAUGAUGGAGGAUAUACGUUGAGAGAACUCGUUCAGCACGCAUUGGUGUCGCCACCGGCGCACCUGCAGCCGCGUCCAACCACCCAACACAUCAAGACAGCGUUGCUGAAACUGCUCCAACACAACUUGCUGGACAUCAAGGCAACAUGGCUUCCAGCAGACUCGGCGAAGAAGCAGAAGCUUCCGUACAUCGUCCGAUACGAAUUGAACCACGACGAAGCGCUGCUUCGUCUUCGGUUCGCGCGGUACAUCGAAUUGGCGCGCGAACUUUUUGGGGACGAGGGCGAAGUCAUCAUGGAAGAGCUGCUUGUGAACGGCCGCAUCCGCCUCGACCAGUCGUUGGACGCCAUGGCACGGAAUUUGGCCGACCAGCGACGCGCCGCCACGGGCGACCCCGACGCACCUGCUGCCGACGACGACGAACUGGAAGACCUGAAAGAAUCGCUCAAAACCACAUUUCUAAAUAUGGCCAAAAGUCGGUACAUUUUGCGCGUGCAUCCACUCGACUUUAACAAAAAGAAGGCGCACGACUUUGACGACGGCGAAGCGCAAUACGAGAUCCCAUCGUCGUCGUCCGUCACAUCCACGGGCGGGGACUCGACCUCCACGACCACCAUCAAGCACAAGAAGCGAAAAGGCCCCGCGAAUGCCGCCGCCGAUUCCGCCGUGCCCAUCGAAGUCCAACUCAUGAUGCAAGCAGAGAACGGUGGCUUGUCGUCGUCGUUGGCCGACGAAGUUUCCGAGGCCGUCACGUCUGAGUCGGGCACCAAGCGCCGCCGCCUCAAGCGCGCCAAGCUGCCCGCCGUCGGCGCCGCCUCGUCGUCGUCGUCAUCCCCGUUGUCCAACGACUCGAUGCCGUUCGACUCCGUGGGUGAAGACGUGUCGUUAAAGGAAGAAAACACGAUUUGGCGGUAUGGAGGCGUCCAGCUCACACGCGAACUGCGCCAUCGGACGUGCAUCCAGUUUGCCCACGAUAGCGUCAACGUCGUGGCCGAGGCCAUUGUGAAGGCCAUGCUCGCGCACUCGUCGCCGCACGAGCGCGACGCGAACGAAGCGACGUCCGUGCCGAUGACCGCGCGGGACUUGCUUGCGAUCCCGGCCGUAUAUGACGCCGUGCCGUCCAAGCACGACCGGUGGAAGAUGCUCCUCAACUUCCUCACGGCCAUGUGCCAGCACCCGUCCGGAAUGGUGACCAAAGUCGCGGCAGAAGUGUUUGAUCCGACGCACGCGGUGCGCGCCGGCGACGGUGGCACGUACUCGGUGCACAUGCAGAACAUCGUCAAGACCCUCCAGCGCAAGUCGAUUCAAGCGUUUGUGCACGAAAAGUACGGCGCCGCCAGCGCCCGUCUCGUGCGGGUGAUCACGGAGCAGCGCCAACUCGAGCAAAAGGCGCUGGGGGAAAUGGCGCUGCUGCCGGCCGCCGAGACCCGCAGCCGACUGUUUGACAUGUACCGCGACAAGCUACUGAACCUGCAGGAAAUCCCCAAACGGACCGACUACAACCCCCAGUUCACGUUGUACUGCUGGUCCGUGGACGACAUCCGUCUCACACGGCGCCUCGUCGAGCGCGCACAAGAGUCGAUUGUGAAGCUCCGUACCCGGCGCAAGGACGAAGCCGAGAGCCACAAGGACCUCAUCGCCCGCUCCGACCAACUGGUGGAGCAAAACGACUUGGACAAGUUUGACCGCGUUAGCCGAUCGCUGGACCGCCUCGACCGCGCCACCUUGCACCUCGACCGCAUGCUCAUGCUGUUUGACCAGUUUUAAUAAUACAUGUCGAGAAAUCACAUGUACUAGACACGCG